CCAGUAACCCAGAACAUAACAUCAUGGACACGCUUCAAGUGAUAGCGAAAGAUGUGGACAAGCAACUGGAAAAGCUCACCUCUUUCUAUAUUCACCAUAUUUUACCUUACGUUAAGCGCAGAUCACCGCAUACAUACAUAGCCUCUGCCGUGGCUGCCUUCUUCAGCUACCAAGUUUACAAGGCGAUACGAGUUCCAAAGAACCUUCGACAUAUACCUGCUGUCUCAUACUGGAAAUACAUGAAGUCUGCUUUGUCAGGUGAAGGUGUUGAUCUACGAGCUCAGAACGUUAUUCUUCCAGUACUUGCAAAGUCACCAAAUGGGAUCUACUUGAGACCGAAUCGACUUGGAUGGACCAUUGGUGUUGCAAAUCCUGCUGCCAUGAAGACUCUAUUCCUUCGAACAAAUGAAUUUCCAAAGCACCAGGGAUUCACAAAGUAUCGAGAUUCAUUGACUACCAGGUUUGGUGGUGCCAACAACAUUGUGGUUCUUAAUGGGGGAGUUUGGAAGAAGCACCGUAUGAUCGCCAACCCGGCAUUCCAUAGGUCAAUGCCUGUUAAAUUGUUCGGUAGACUCUGCGAAAAAAUGAUGACACGUUUUGAAAAAGAAGGAGACGGUCUUGAAGACGUUGAUGUGCCAAUGUUCUUGCAACGCUUCACACUGGAUGUAAUCGGACUUGCCGCUUUCGAUUACGACUUCGAAGCCCUGGAUAAUCCUAAUAAUGAGAAGGUAGAGAACUAUAACAUUAUCAUGGAAGGUAUUCGAAACCCUAUCUUCUUCUUCUUCCCUAUUCUUGAGAAACGCUUUCUUUGGGCCUUUCCAGGGCGUCGACAGUUGCACCGAAAGAUGGAUGAUCUGGACAAGCUUUUCUAUAGCAUUAUUGACCGUAAGCGUCAAACUUUGGCCAGCAAGAAGGGUCUAGUGGAAGAUUCAGAAAAGGACUUGCUAACUUUGAUGCUCGAGGCCAACGAAGAGAGCGAAGAUAUUCAACAUCAACUUUCGGAUUUGGAACUUCGUGAUGACCUGGCAGUUUUCUUCUUGGCAGGUCAUGAUACUACAUCCAACGCUCUUUCCUUUGCUUUGUAUUACUUGGCGGUCAAUCCGCAUAUACAAGAAAAGGCUCGUAAAGAAGUUAUCGAUAUCUUGGGAGAUGGAGAUGACAUUGUCUACCCUACUGCUGCCCAAUGCUCAGAAAUGAAGUAUAUAUACAUGAUAAUGAAAGAGACGUUAAGAAUGGACCCUCCAGCCCAGAAUACUGUUCCAAGAGCAAGCUCCGAUGACAUUGAUCUCGCAGGCACAUUCGUUCCAAAAGGAUCCACUUUGUCGGCAGAAAUAUUUGUCAUGCAUCAUGACCCAUCACUUUGGAAAGAUCCCGAGGAAUUCAUUCCAGAACGUUUUGCUCCUGGAGGUGAAAGUGAAGCAAAAGCUGGACAAGGUCUUUCCUGGACACCGUUUGGAAGUGGAUCUAGGCAGUGUAUAGGUAUGAACUUUAGCUUGGCUGAGCAAAAGGUGUUGCUUGCUAUGAUGCUCCAAAAAUACACCUGGGAACUUCCCGAGAACACCAUCAACAAAGAUCGCUUAGUGAUAGAUGGAUCAAUGGGCAUUAUUUCUCCAAAGGAUUUGCAUCUUAAAUUUAAAAAGAGAUUUUAAAGCCAAGAAAGCGUAGGAAUAAUAUAAUCAAUUCAUAAAUACUCUCUUCCCUAAAUUUCUCAUAAUGGACAUUGUCGACCAC